AUGCUGGGCCGCUUUCCUCACCCCAUUGGGGUGUAUACGCAGCUCCCCCCAACCACCACCGCGCAGGUGGAUGUAUUUGAGGCUGCAACAGCACACAGGCUCCGCGUGCUGCACUUCCUGGACGAGAAGUUUGGGUUGGAUUCAUCUACAAACCCCGCGGUGCUGCGCGCUGCCCCUUCUACCCCAGCAGCAGCAGCAGCAGCAGCAGCAGCAGCAGCAGCAGCAGCAGAUGGUGCAGCAGCAGCAAAGCCACUGUAUAUACAACUAGAAGAGAUGCUGCAGGAGGGGGGGCUUAUGCUGCCUCCUGCUGCAGCAGCAACAGCAGCAGAACAGCAGCGAAGAGAAAUGGCUGAGAGAGACGCAAUUUCUCACUUUGCUCUCCGCAUCGCGUUCAGCAGAGACCGCGACAAGCAGCGGUGGUUUAUACAGCAGGAGAGCCGUCUCCUCAUGUACAGAUUCGACCGACUCACUGCUUUCCGUAGCCUCGACGAUGGAUCGCAGUCUUUGCUUUCUGCGUUUCUGCAGCAGGAAGGGCUCAACUAUACCUGUAUACCGCGCCCGCGAGACCCCGUUGCGGGGGCCCCAGCAGAGAAGCUGUGGCGGGCGGCUACGGGGUUUCUGCGGUUUGAGGAGUUCUGCCUUCAGGUCCCUUGCUUCCCGGAUGCCGGCCAGCUGGUGAGAAACCGUCGAGUGCAUAUCCAAAAUAUGAUGGCUUAUGUACCGGACUUCGAGCUGGGCACUGUCAUCUGCGGGCGGCUGCGAGCUGUAAUCACCGCUUCCUUUGAACUGCUGGAAGGGCGUCAGCUCACGCUGCAGAACACAGUCUUCUCCGAUUCACGAGUAGGGAAGCUUCUAAGCGCCGCACCAAACGUUUACUUGGGGAGAGACUUCAACAGCAACGCAACAAAGAGUACAGAAGAGCGCCUGACGCCUGCGUUAAUAAAACAAGUGUACAGACAUUCCUUUCCUCCUUGUAUGCGCCGCCUAUACGAGAGCUACAUGGCGGAGCAUCACAUGCGCCACGGCGGCCGCAUGCAGCUGUGGCUGUUCUUUAAGGGAGCGGGUAUGACGCUUGAGGAGAAUUUGCAGUUCAACAGACAAAUAUGGAGAGAGCCGCAGAAGUUUGACAAAGAACACGCAUACAAUAUACGCCACAUGUACGGCCUCGAGGGGAAGCGGGCAAACUACGCGCCGCUGCGGUGUUCUCAGAUCAUCACUACGAACUCUCAGCAUUUGCAGCAGCAGCAGCAGCAGCAACAGCAGCAACAGCAGCAGCAAGUCCAGCAGCAGCAGGAUCACUGCAGCUCCCGGUCCAAACCCUAA